GAAGCUUGCGUCUUGGAACAACAACAACAACAACGAAAUUACACUGUGCAACAAGAUCGUAAAAACAGACCAAAUGUUUCAAAGAACAGCAUCAUUGAUGGCUUACCGAGUUAGGAGCUUAAGCAUUUGUUUGUCGACCAGAAUCUUUGGCAAUUGCACAACACAAGUAACAAGAGGACAAAGUUCCAGAGAUUGUCAAGACAGCUUUGUGUUACCAACAAGAAGUGUGUCAUGGGUAUCCUCAUUUAAUUGUUCUACAAGACUAAUGGUUGUUAACAAGUCAUGUAAUCAAUGUGUUCGUCACUGUCAUAGUGAACCAGAGCAAAUUGUGGUGACAGAAAGUUUUGUUGACUCACUGACGGAUUCUGUAAUUCAGACGGCUACCGCAAAAGAUGUGAUGGUUAAGUCCAUUGCCCGUGGACUUAUUAAGGAUGGAAUAAAGGGACUGCUGGGAUUGGGCAUAUCUGAACAAACUGUGAGGAAUAUAUGUGCCAGUUACAAUGUGCUGAAAAACAUUCAUAAUGUUGUUGAAUGUAUGCAGUAUUUAAUUGGGAUAGGGCUUGAUCAAAAUGGUGUGCAUGAAAUGUGUCAACAAUAUCCAGGUAUUGUAAAUGUUCCUCUUUCAGAAAUGAAAGCUAAAGUGGACGAACUGCAUGGUUUAGGCUUUCACUAUGAGUCUAUUGUGAAAAUAUUGGUACAAGAACCAAAGGUAUUAGAGAGGGACUUUAACAUGAUUUCAAGUCGAAUUGAGGAGCUUAAAAAGCUGUUCAAGAGAUCUGAUACGUUAAGUUUACUUGAGAAGUCCCCAAAACUGCUAUUCUGUGAAAGUGAAUUCAUUCAUGACAGGUUUAACUAUGUGUUCCGUGAAAUGGGUGUCUCCCAGAGGCAAAUGAUGUACUCAAACUUGUUCCAGCAUCCGAUGGAACAUAUUCAUGCAAGGCACAUGUUUUUAGUACGAGCAGGAUUUUUCAAGAAAGUAAAUCGUGAAAAGGGACAGAUCGAUUCCAAUCCUAAGUUAGAAGUUAUACUGGAAACAUCUGAUGAAGAUUUUGCCAAAAUGUUUGGAGGGAUGUCCCUGCUGGACUAUCAGACUUUCAAAACCCUUCUUUUGCAAGAAAACUUUAUCUUGAAAGAACUGGAAAAUGAAAAUGAUGAUGAUUAGAGUGGUUUUUUUUAUGUCACCAUGACCAUGUUUUUAUCACCUUUUGUCAGUUGUGUGUCUCAUAUCAUCAACCAUGAACGUUUGCAUAUUAAUGUCACAUUUACCGGUAUUGGUCAAUUUUCAUAAAACUUGGUCAGAACAUUUGUCCAAAUGAUAUUUCUUCAAGUUUAAAACUUGGUUACAUCAGUUCAAAAGCAAGGUCAGCUGGUCAAUUUAGAAAAAGUGUGUGAACAAUCAGAAAGUCAGUUUAUGCACAAUUAAUUGAAAUUGCUCAGAGCCUUUGCUCUAGUGAUAUCUCUGCUGAUUAAAAAAUGUUCUGGUCUGUUGAAAAACAUUGCAGCCAGGGUUUGGAGAAGUUUUCCUUAUAUGGACUGGUUUUAGUGAAACAUAAUAAAAGCUGAUCAGAA